AUGGAAAACAGCGUGCGGAAAGAUAACCAGGAGGUGUAUGUCGAUGCAGAGCGGGGGGUACCUGCCCAGUUUGGCCACGAAGGAACCCCUGCAACCCUCAAAACCGAAGCUUCCAACUCGGAAUUUGCUUUUAACCCCUGCGAGUGUCCAAAAGACACCUACACCCCCUCCUCGCUCGCCUACUCUGGCAGUUUCUAUGUUGAGGCAUCUCAGGGAGCGCCGUGCAGCACCGAAACACUUCUCAAUAUGAUCACUGAGAUUGUGGGUAUAUCCACACUGCCACUUUCAGAAGUGCAACACAGCGGCAACAGUCGGGGAACUUAUCCAUCGCCUGCUCCGAUGGACAACAGCAAUGGCAAUUUUGGAGACCCCGGCGUCAAGAGGCAAUCCUACACCUGCUCCGGACCUACCCCCCCUGUAUACUCUCCAGAUCAGACGUGCCCGAGGUAUGCUGAUGAUCAGGCCGGCGGCCAGGCCCAAGACACCGUCCAGCUGAGCUUCGGCUCCUCCCGAGCUUCAAACCAGGAAAAGGAUGAACCAAAGUCAGAGGCCGCUACUUUCCCUGUCGUGGUCAAGAAUGAAUUUGAAAGCAGCUGCUACGAGUGGGGAACAUUUAACAAAUCUGGCUGUUUGGAGACGAGUUUCCAGAUAGAAACCUUCCCAAUGUCAAGCGAUUUCCCCCCUGACCAGCAGAUGGACGUUAAGGAACUCUUAGACACAUUCCCCCCAAUGUGUCCCAACCCAGAGAUGGAGUUUAAAGUGGAGGGAGGUAUCAAACAGGAACCAUGUUUCUCUGAUACCUGUUCUCAGAGUUACUCCAGCCCCCUGUACAAUAAUUACCUCCCACCACCUCCGAUGGGCCUCUCCUCUAACCUGAAACCCUUCCCCGAACCUCCACAGCCAUCUAAUCAGUGUGAUUCCUUAUACACAUCACCAGCUUUACCGAGCACCAUAGACUCCAUCCUGUAUUCUUCCUUGUUGCCAGAUUCUUUCGCCCAAAGUUACACCACCCGCGCGACGAAACCCCCCAGGGCCAGGAAGAGCCCCGCCGCCUCUCACGGCCCAGCCAAAGAGAAACCCUUCACCUGCCCCAUGGAGAGCUGCGACCGGCGCUUCUCCCGAUCGGAUGAGCUCAACCGACACAUCCGCAUCCACACAGGCCACAAACCUUUCCAGUGCCGCAUCUGUUUGCGCAGUUUCAGCCGUAGCGAUCACCUUACCACCCACACCAGGACUCACACCGGAGAGAAGCCGUUUUCCUGCGACGUCUGCGGCAAACGGUUCGCCCGGAGCGACGAGAGGAAACGGCACGGACGUGUACACCUGAAACAGAAGGAGAAAAUGGAAAUAAAGCCACAGGUGACCACCGGUGCGUGGACUUUCACUCUUCCCGAGGGAAUUUGAAGACAAAGCUAUGUGUCCACACAUACAACAUUAGUAUCUUUCCGUCUUGGAAGAUAAGCCAGCCAACUACAAUUAUAUGUCUGAGUUAGUUUGACUGGCAAGCCAAUGCCUGGCACAAGACGUUUUUUUUAGGAGCAGAAAGGAAGAGAGAGGUCUGCUUCGGCCUUAUUGCCUGCUGCUGAUGCUGCUGACUUUAUGCAAAGAUGCAUAAGUUGUAAAAGUCGGUAAACAGAUCAACAGUGACUUGUUGCUGUUACUGUCAGUAGAGCCAAACAUCUCUGCUGCGGCAUUGCAUGACUGCUGUUCAGCACCUCUUCAUCUGGACAGCUCCA